GCUCAACAUAAAGCUUCAUCACCACUGCAUUGCUUGACUAAUAGACGCUUGUUUUUUCUGAACCUUUCAUAUCGAUUAUCUCAAAAGCAUGCUCAAAACUUUUACAUUUUUGCAAUAGAACUGUUUGUUGUUUUUGUCUAUGACGAUCACUAUGAGUGGACAUCUUCAUCGUUCGUUGCUUGCAGUGACAACACGCAAUUCACUCGCUCCGUUCCUUUAUCAGACUCGCACACUCUCUGGAUCUUUCGCUCGCCCGCUACGAUGCCGUUCACAGGCAUACUCUACUUCGAGCACCAAUAACCCCGAAGAUCAGUCCCAGACAGAAUCUUCGCAAAAUGACAGCAGCGCAAAUGCGCCAGCAGACUCACAGUCGCAGACCGAGCACAGCAAUAAGCCCACAGAAAGACGAAGUUAUUUGCAGCAGCGAGCUGCCACGGCCUCGAGGAAUGCUCCCCGCAUGAAACCGAAUCCUCUUACCAUGACCCGCGGCGAGAAACAAGUGUUCAGCGACCUGCUGGAACAACUGGGGGCUGUUCAGAAAGAUACAAUGACAGCUGAAACGCAGAAGCCGGAGCUGAGCGAGGAAGAUAAGAACGAAAUGGCGCAGAUCUCAGAGAUUUUCGAGGAGGUGCUUAAGGACAUAAAGCAGAAGAAAAAACGCAAAACUGCGACGACGGGUUCUGCGGAUGCGCAAUCCGCAGAGACAGAUACCCCGGUUACACUUCAGAAUCUGGAGUUGCAGGAGAGACUCCGGAAGUCUGAGUACAGCAGUGAGGAUAUUUCGGAGUUGCUGGAGAGCAGUCAAAUAUCCAUGGAUGAGGCGAUUGAGUUGGUUGUGAAGAAAGAGGCGGGAAAGAUUGAGAGCGCCCUUCGGGCAGCCAUUGAUGAGGGCAAAGAAGAUACGGGAGUUUGGGACAUCUGCAGAGAAAGAAUAUUCUCCAUGCUGCAGCAUCUCGGGGAUGUCCGUCUAGCUCAGGGUCUUGGUAUGGGCCAAGGUAAGAACCAAGCGGCCGAUGCCCCUCCUACUGCUACGGAAACCUCCCAUCUCGAGGUUCCCGAGUCCGUCCCAGUGGAACCCGUCGUCACGGCUCUAUAUCCCAAAAUGCUCCUCGUGGCUUUUCGUCUUCUCAACCUGCAUUUCCCCAAUUCCCCGCUUAUCAGUCAAUUCCGGUCCACGAUCAAGUCGCAUGGCCGCGCCUCUGCCGUUCUGGGCAGUUCGACAGGACUUUACAAUGAGCUGAUCUACUUCUACUGGCGCGGCUGUCAUGAUAUCCCCGGCGUGGUUUCUCUCCUGCGGGAGAUGGAGGUGAUCGGCGUAGAGCCCAACCACCGCACGUGCGGGCUGUUAACUGGAAUCGUCAACCAGCGUGACCGGGACUUGAAGCAGCAUUGGAAACGGAUGCGGGACGAGAAGCGUGGUUCGCGUCGUGAGCCGUGGUGGGAUCUGGCGCCGAACCGGAAGGCCGUACGUGAGUUGCUCGGACCAGAGGGGUGGAUGCACCGGAUUGAGCGACGAGUACAGGAACAGAGACCUUCACGGUAGCGCUUGUCACA